AUGAAAAGUGCUGUAGAAGUAAGUGCCUCCGAGAGCUACGUAUCUUUACCUAAAAUUGAAACCAAGAAUUAAAUACUCUAAAGAAAUAUCUUUUAAAAUCGUAUAAGUACAAUUAGGGAAAGCCAAGAUAAUAUCUAAAAAUUGGAAUAGAUGUCUCAAGAGUUUAUUAGAGAUGCGGAAAAAUAUGAUUAACCUUUUAGCUUUAUUUAAUUGCCUACCUACUUUCAAAUAAUGAAAAGUUAUAAUUUCAUUAAUUACAAGGAUGAAGCAAAAUCCAAUGAUAAUUAAAAUUCUUUCCAAAACGGAUCAUCACACUAAAAUUAAUAAUCAAUCCUAGCUCAUCAUUACAGCUAAACGACUACUCAUAAAAAAAGUGUAUUAAAGUAAAAUAGCGUUUUUGACUAGUAAUCAUCUGGAAAUGCUACAAAGCAAUAAGAAAGCUUCACUGAAUCGCUUAACAAAGAGAAAAAAAUACUUCGUUCGCAAUCAUAACAGAAUUAUCAGUAGUAAAAAUUUAAGAAAAUUAAAGUUUAAAAAUAAAUCAUGAAUCAAAGUAGUAUUGAAGAAGAAAUGUUUAUCAAAGAAAACUGGAAUGAAUAAUAAAAAUACGAGCUAUAAACAGGAGAAACGUUAAAUUUCCUUUUUAAGAACCUAUCAGAAAAUUUGUAAAAUUUAGUAAAGUAUAAGUCAGAGAAGUAUUGCAUUAAAGUGAUAGAAAAAAAUGUAAAUUAUAAUAAAAAACUAAAAAAAUUAAUAGAUAUUGAAAAUACUUCUUUCAAAGAAUAUAGUGCAGCCUUACUGCUUUAGAGAUAUUUGAGAAUACAUUAUAAACAUCUACAUCUUAUUUAAAAUAAAUAGAAUACUAAUUAAAGUCAAAUAAAUACUAUUCCAUAAUAAAACAACAAUCAGCAAACAAAUAAUAUUGCAGAUUCAGUACGCGAAUAGCAGCUUCCUAGUAUAUCUAAUAACCAUACAAUCAUAUCUAAAGAAGAAUCUAAAAUAGCACAGGGAGAUAGUAAAUCAAAAGAUAAAUAGAUAGCUUAAUCUAGUAUAAUCCAUGAUAAAUAGUUUUUAGAUAAUAUUUUGGAUUUAAAUACAAGGCUAGAAGAAUGGAUAAUGAUGAUGCAGAAAGUACAGAUAGAUCAAUUUUCCAAUUAAUUAGUUGACAUUACAGAGCAAGUUUUUGAGAAGGAGCUUACAUACAAGAAUCAGCUAAUAAAUCAUCAAAAAAAACAGAGUUACCUUGAAUUGAAAGAGAUGAUAAAAAGUAAAUAUUCCUUAAAUCUAAGAAUAAUGAAAAGCAAUCUGAGUUAACAAAUAAAAGCAUGUGAGGAAAAAAAUGGUGAUAUAAAAUUUGUUCACAAGUAAUGUAUAAAUAAAGGUGAUUGUAUUGAUAAAGUAAUAGGCUGCAUUGAAAAAUUAGAUUUAUAUUGA